UCCUGUAAAAGAAAGAUUAAGAACUAAACAUCACAUGGAGCCUAUCACAACAUAAAACAUGAAGGCAACAACAAUAAGCAGAGCAUGGAAGCAACUCUGCUUGCUCUUUGCUUUUCUCUCUUAUUGGUCUUAUGGACAGGAUACGUCCUCCUGUUCCUCCUCUGAAUUCUCUUUUGAGCAGCUCAAUCAAAAACUUAAGGAAAUUAAAAAUUGUUUGGAAGCUGUAUCUGGCCAGUGGACACCAUAUCAAAAUGCAGAAAUUUUAAACCAACUAAUCAUGCUGAGUGAUAUCAUCCAGAAACAACAGAGUGCUGAGUUACUGAGGUUACUGCCAGAAAACUGUACUGCUCCAGCAGUGCCCAAGGAUGGAGGCCUGCUGUGUGUAUCUGCUGAAAAUAAGAUCUACUGUAAACCUAUGUGCAAUGCGGGUUAUGAUUUCAAUUUUAUAAGAAGAUCAAGGCUGUACGAGGAAUGCAGUGCUGCCACACAACACAAAUGGACAACACAAUUCAUAGGUGGCAACAGGCUGGCUGAUUGCAGCAAAUCCCACAUUUCAGUGGCAGGAGCCCCCUCUGCCUACUUCCAUGAGGGCAAGGACUGUCACAAGACAAACAGUGAUGAACAACUAGUGGGAAACAUCACAAACAUCUUUCAGUCAGAGCUGGUUAAGGCAGGCAUCACAAAAUUAAUUAAAUCUUCCGGCCUUCUCUGUGGCUAGAACAAGAACCAGACUCAACAAAUAGAUGCAAAAAGUCUUAAGAAUUAAAUUAGUGAAUAUUUUGCACAGGGUAUAAAAUUAGGAGUUUAUUUUGUUUUAUGUAAUAUGUAGAUUUGGCUUUAAAAAGUAAGGCCUGUUUUAAGUGUAAAAUCUCAGCAAAAGGGAAAACUGUGGAAAACAUAACACUCGAUGAGGAAAUUAAUGUUUAAUGAUGUGAACACAAAUACUACAAAUACCAUGCGUAAUCAAAUUAUCAGUGUGGUUAAGUCAAGGAUAAAAUUCAACACACUAAAUCAAUUUUACUAUAAUAAAAAGGCAACCGCAGUAAUUUAAUAACACACAAGGCAACUGUUAAAAAUCAAACUAAUGUAUCUUAAUAAAGUAGUCCAGAGGAGAGGGGUAAAACUUUGGGAGUAUAUUGGCAUUUUUGUAUGCACAGGAAGUAUCAUUUGCAAUGAAUAUACUUUUUUCCCUCUCGAAUAGCUCUAAUUGUUGGCCAGGGAGUUUUAGAAAAGUCUUCAAACAUUUAUCAUGUUUCUCUGAACUAUUAUUGCCAAUUAAUCAGGCCAGAAUAAUCUACGGGAAAUCUGCUUAAUGACAGAUGUGCACCAUGUUAUCCAGCCUUACCAAUCAUAGGUCAAUGGAACAGGUCCUGUUUAAUUUACACAUGAUUGCUGUUGCUGUAUGUGGAACACUUCUGUCUUGUUGUGAAUUUAUUCAGGUGUGAUUUUCUUCAGAGAUGGAAAAUUACUGCAUUUGUGUUUGCACUGAACAGCAGGAAUGGUGCAAAAUUUGCCAAAAAUGUGUAUUUAAGCAUUUAUAAGCAUUAAUAAGCAGCCUGCCGUUUUAAAAAUGCAAACAUGACUUAUCCAAACAUGACUUGGGUAAUUGUCAUUCAAAACAACCCUUUUAUUAGCAAACAUCUAUAAAUCUCAUCAUUUGAUGCAUGUUAAUUUGAUUCUUUUUUUGAAUGCAUUGUUACAACAGGACCACUAGAUGCCAGUGUUGUCAGCAUUUUAAAUAAAAUUGGUACUGAUACAUUAACACAAGA